AUGUCUCUAUUCCUGGUGUCAGCUGGUCUGAAUGGGGAUUCAGUUAAAAUCAAUGGAUCAACAGAAACAGCUUCCAUUUAGUCAUUUAUUGUACUUUUUAGUUUUAGUUGAUCAUCUGGUGAAAAAUGUGUGAUUACUGAAUCACUGUAUGCUGUAGAUUGAGAUCAACAAGGUGGUUUAUUAGGAGUCUAUCUGAUUCAGGGCAAAACUUACCCCAUGAGCUGUUCUGAUUGUCUUUCAUUUACAGCGGCAGUUCCAUUAUCAACCAAUAACAAAUUACUGUCCAUAGUGAUUUCUAGUUUGAAUAGACAAUUAUUUACAAGAUUUUUCAGAUACUCACAAACGUAAGUGGAAUUCAUUACAUACAGCAAAAUAUUUCUGAGACCUUCACAGAAGUUAAAACCGUUGUAAAAUGUCUGUUUCUGUUUCAUACAAUUAACAUUUAAUGAGGGUACCACUUCACAUUUCACCAAAUUGAAUAGAAUUUGUAGGUGUUUUUUUGGACAGUUGUUUGGACAGUUAAAUUAGUGUGUGCUUCUGUUGCUUGCUGUCAUCACCACCACCAUCCAACACCAUACCAAGACCAGUGCUGUGCUCUCUUUCCCGCUACAGCAAUAGCCGCACACACAUACCCCCUUCCGCCCUCCCCCCUCUCCCUCCCUCCCGUUUCACAGUUUAUUUCUGUCCCAAACCUGCCAGUUUCCAACACCAGUCGGCUGUAUCGGAGUCACAAGCGUCCGAGCACCUUGGUGCGAACGCCUUCCUAACGAACCAAUCAGGUUUUUUUGUACGGCAGUGGGAAACCCAAUCAAUUAGACAAUGUUGCUUCCAAGCUAUGAGCUAUGGUUAAAGAGCAUCUGGCUGGUGGUGGGGUUGUGAUGACAAAUGGCACCCUAUUCCCUAAAGUAGUGCACUAAAUAGGGAAUAGGCCAUUUGUGUCGACAAAGCAUAACAAGUAUCUCAUCACUUAUCAAUCUUUCUUUGGAACAUACAGUGCCUUCAGAAAGUAUUCAUGCCUUGACCUUUUUCACAUUUUGUUGUGUUACAAAGUGGGAUUAAAAUGGAUUUCAUAGUCAUUUUUUUGUCAACGAUCUACACAAAAUGCUCUGUAAUGUCCAAGUAGGAGUAAUGUUGUAACAUUUGUAAAAAAAGUAAAAUAAAAUAUGAAAAGUAAAACACCAACAUAUCUUGAUUAGAUAAGUAUUCAACCCACUGAGUCAAUACAUGUUUUCAGCGAUUACAGCUGUGAGUCGUUCUGGGUAAGUCUAAGAGCUUUGCAGACCUGGAUUGUACAAUAUUUGGACCCUAUUCGAUCCCACUUUAAAUGACGUUCAGCUUAUAAAAGUGAUGUCAUGUUAGUCAAUUUACACCUAAUCUCGUUCCCAGACACUUCUGCCCAAAUGCGCGUAGGGUCUGGUGGACCAACGCAUCAAACUUGGCCUUCAUUAGUUAGGGUUAGGUUUAAAAUAAAAGUUUAAGAAGAUAAACUGUAGAAAUGGACAGGGUUUAGCAAUAAUUAGGACUUUUUAACUGUGUUAAGUAGUGACGAUAACAAAUACUUUACUCAGGAAGGUCAUUCCUAUAGAAUUCUAUGGUCACUCCCACUAAGGCCAAACUUUGAAUGGUUGAUAUCCCAGGCUUAUAUGUGCUGUGUGUUCAAUAGCCUGCGGACAACGCUACACCAAGAAACACUUACCUUGAACCCCCAACCUAAAGAAAUUGAAAGUGUCUUUCUUUUGGAACCAAGUUACACGUUCCUCAGUACACAAACAUGCACACAACAAAAACGAGCCGUACCACGCGGUGCUGAGCCCAGUCAGGUCAUUGACACAUACACCCACUCCCCUGCUGAAAGAUCAACCACAAAAUGUUGGCACUAUUGUAACAGGUUGUAAUCAAACCCUGGUCUCCAGCAUGGGAACAGAAGAGGACUACUUGGUGUGGUAGUCUCAAGUUGGACUACUCCAAAUCUUCUUGUUUCUGAUAAACACACACACACACAAACGCAAGCUUUGCAGGUCCAUCAACCCAUUUAAAUACCUCUCACAUCCUACAGUAACCUGUGGAUCAUGAGAGAGUCUUCAUAAAUCAUCAGAACGUUAAUAUCCUAUUUAUUGACACUUCAUGUAGUGUCCUGUAAUAAAUCAAAUCAAAUCAAAUUUUAUUUGUCACAUGCGCUGAAUACAACAGGUGUAGACCUUACAGUGAAAUGCUUACUUACAAGCCCUUAACCAACAAUGCAGUUUUAAGAAAAAAUGAGUGUUUAGAAAGUAUUUACUAAAUAAACUGAAGUACACAAUAAAUAAAUAAAAUGAAAAAUAUUUAAAAAAACAGUAACGAGGCUAUAUACAGGGGUACCGGUACAGAGUCAAUGUGCGGGGGCACAGGUUAGUCGAGGUAAUUGAGGUAAUAUGUACAUGUAGGUAGAGGUAUAUGCAUAGAUAAUAAACAGAGAGUAGCAGCAGCGUAAAAAUGGAGGGGACAAUGCAAAUAGCCCGGGUAGCCAGUUGGUCAGCUGUUCAGGAGUCUUAUGUCUUAGUUUGAAGUGAGACAUCUUCGAUCAUUCAUAACACAUCCAUAAAGACUCUAUAUUGCAUGACGCUGCACUUAAUUUAAAGUCAGACCCCUUUGGUCAUUUAUAACAAAUACAUAAAUGCCUUGUAUCAUAUGACUCUGCACUUACUAUAAGGUCAGACACCUUUGGUCAUUCAUAACACAUAAAUAAAGGCUUAAUGAUGUAAACACAAAUGUAUUAACACUUAGGGAAUUAUCACUAACAGCUAAAACAAAUAAAAUUAAAGACAUGUUUAAACCAUACAUUUCCAUUUGUAAAACAAUACAAAUACAUUAAGUUUCAAAAAGUCCAGCAAUGUAAUUACACUAUAUAUACAAAAGUAUGUGGACACCCCUUAAAAUUAGUGGAUUCGGCUAUUUCAACCACACCCUUUGCUGACAGGUGUAUAAAAUCGAGCACACCGCCAUGCAAUCUCCAUAGACAAACAUUGGCAGUAGAAUGGCCUUACUGAAGAGAUCAGUGACUUUCAACGUGGUACAGUCAUAGGAUGCCACCCAUCCAACAAGUCAGUUCGUAACAUUUCUGCCCUGCUAGAGCUGCCCCGGUUCUGCCACUGUAAGUGCUGUUAUUGUGAAGUGGAAACGUCUAGGAGCAACAACAUCUCAGCCACGAAGUGGUAGGCCACACAAGCUCACAGAACGGGACUACCGAGUGCUGAAGUGCGUAACACAUAAAAUUUGUCUGUCCUCAGUUGCAACACUCACUACUGAGUUCCAAACUGCCUCAGGAAGCAACUUCAGCACAAUAACUGUUUGUCGGGAGUGUUAUGAAAUGGGUUUCCAUGACCAAGCAGCCGCACACAAGCCUAAGAUUUCCAUGCGCAAUGCCAAGUGUCGGCUGGAGUGGUGUAAAGCUCGCCGCCAUUGGACUCUGGAGCAGUGGAAGCGCGUUCUCUGAAGUGAUGAAUCACGCUUCACCAUCUGACAGUACGACGGACUAAUCUAGGUUUGGCGGAUGCCAGGAGAACGCUACUUGCCUCAACGUAUAGUGGCAACUUUAAAGUUUGGUGGAGGAGCUAUUUUCCAUGGUUCGGGCUAGGCCCCUUAGUUCAGUGAAGGGAAAUCUUAAUGCCACAGCAUACAAUGACAUUUUAGACAAUUCUGUGCUUUGAACUUUGUGGCAACAGUUUGGGGAAGGCCCUUUCCUGUUUCAGCAUGACAAUGCCCCCAUGCACAAAGCGAGGUCCAUACAGAAAUUGUUUGUUGAGAUCGGUGUGGAAAACUUCACAGCGCCCUGACAUCAACCCCAUCGAACAAAUUUGGGAGGAAUUGGAACACCAACUGCGAGCCAGGCCUAAUCGCCCAACAUCAGUGCCCGACCUCACUAAUGCUCUUGUAGCUGAAUGGAAGCAAGUCCCCGCAGCAAUGUUCCAACAUCUAAUGGAAAGCCUUCCCAGAAGAGUGAAGGCUGUUAUAGCAGAAAAAGGGGGACCAACUCCAUAUUAAUGCCAAUGAAUGAGGUGUUCGACGAGCAGGUGUGAACAUACUUUUAAUCAUGUAGUGUACAUUGAAUGUUACACAGGGCUGUGAAUAGUGUAGCUUGUCCCUGAGCUGGAGAACACAUGGUUCUUGCCUCUCUUCCUGCUGGAGAUACUGCAUGUUGGUUCCAACCUUAAAGUAACAACAAAGAAAGUUAGCAGGUCUGUUAGGAAAUGCCUUUGUCACAUCAUCUGGAUAAAGGCAUUUCUGUGCUGCACCAGAAACACUACAGUACCCCGGGAAGAUAAGAAACUCCAUUCAAUUAGUAUUAUUAUAUUCCUCCUUCAUUUACAAAUCUCAUGACGUGACUAUGAGACAUGGCUGUAUCUAGGGGGAUUUGUAUUUAGCUGAGCUAGCUAGCAAUUACUGUGAAGUCACUGAAAUUAUUUGAAAUAACGAUUGAAGUAGCUACAGUAUGUAAUCUAACUCAACACUUAACUACUACCAACUAAUUUAAAUUACAAUAAAUAAAGGUUAACUUACUUGUCUUUUGCUGUUCAGUGGCAGCACAAUUCGGGGCAUUUGAUUUGCGAACUCAUCACACAAUCAGCGUCUUGUUAACAACACUGAAAAAGGUACUUCCGGGUCAGGAAUUUAGGAAAUGAUUUUUAAAAAGCCUCCGACGUAAUAGUAGAAAAGUGUCAAUAACAGUCAUGAUAUCUGAAAAAUGAUUGUCUAUGCAUUAACAAUUAUUUAUAUUUGUACAUAUUUAAGUGACUUUUGCAUUAAAUUUGGGUUUUAAAAUAUGUUUCCAAGGUCAAUAGAUGCCUCCAAAGCGAAUCACUAUAUAUGGAAUACAUAUUGGCAGGGACGCAACUUUCACUGGGGACAGGGGGGACAUGUCCCCCCACAUUCUGAAAUUGCAUUUUUGUCCCCUCGAGUUUUAUCAUUGGAAUAUGAUACAAAACUAGGCAACGGUGUGAUUUAGGACCAUGCGGACGCAUUCGAGCGGUCGGGUAGGCUGUUUGGAGUGUUUAUCCGACUGGAAAAAUAUAUAUAUGUCCCCCCCACUUCUAAAACCAAAGUUGCACCCCUGCAUAUUGGCUUAGAGCACGAACUAUUCUGGGUGCAGCAGUAAAAGUAUAGGAAUACUCAGUACGGUCUGCAGAGUGUAUACAUGGUGUCAUUUCAUGGGGCUCUGAAUAAUACGGAGUGUUGCUGACCUUUUACUUCACCCAUUCCACUGGCGGCUGCAUCACAUCAUGUGUGCUUACUGCACUACAGAAAACCCGCUAACCAAACAAUAGUGCUCAUGCUCACUGAAUUAAAGGGCAACUACACUCAAAAAAUCUACGUUUCUUAGACAUCAAAAGUCAUCCCCUGAUCUGGUUUAAGCAUUGUUGUGAACAAAGAAAUCAAAUCUUGUUGUUUUCCUAUUAAACGAGUGUGAAAAGAUUGGGUAAACCAGAAAAAAUUGUGGAAAUCCGAAGCCUGGAAAAACACAACCAAGAAAACUGAAUUUUGGAAAAAACAGAUUUAAAAGGCCCUACCAACGUUUCUUUCUGUGCACUUUAGCGUGUGUGUCAUCCUGCAGCACAGCAGUUUGGGGGAAGUUGAAGUCAGAUCCAAUAUUGACUAUGCACCCAAGAGGGAAAGAGGUUGGGCCAUCCUAGAAAUGUUUUAGUGAAAUAUGAUUUAUACAAUUUUGCAGACACUUUUAUCCAAAGCGACUUACAGUCAUGCAUAAAUACAUUUUCACGUAUGGGUGGUCCUGUGAAUCGAACCCAAUAUCCUAGCGUUGCACGGCUCUACCAAGAUGCAUGACAGGGUUAUGAAUGCUUUGGAAAGCCUCAAUUUAAUAUGAUUCAUAAGACCUUUAUUAGGCGGUUCUUAUGCCAACCUUUAUAAAGCACAGGUUUAUGUCAUAUUUUACAAAGUGGGUUAUGUCACAUUUGACAUUGGUGGUUAUGUCACACAGUUAUGCAACAUUUAUGAACCCUUUAUAAAGCAUGGCAUAUGGUUGUAGAUGAUUUGUAACACAUUUAUGUAGCAUUUAUGAAGACUUUAUGAAGCCUCAAUAAGCUGCACGUAAUUUAAAGCGGGACCCAUUAUUCUUUAAAAAAUUAUUCAAGUUCUGUCAAGUUGGUUGUUGAUCAUUGCUAGACAGACAUUUUCAAGUCUUGCCAUAUAUUUUCAAGCUGAUUUAAGUCAAAAUUGUAAGUAAGCCACUUAGGAACAUUCAAUGUCGUCUUGGUACGAAACUCCAGUGUAUAUUUGGCCUUGUGUUUUAGGUUAUUGUCCUGCUGAAAGGUGAAUUUGUCUCCCAGUGUCUAUUGGAAAGCAGACUGAACCAGAUUUUCCUUGAGGAUUUUGCCUGUGCUUAGCUCUAUUCCAUUAAUUUGUAUCCUUAAAAACUCCCUAGUCCUUGCUGAUGACAAGCAUACCCAUAACAUAAUGCAGCCACCACCAUGCUUGAAAAUAUGAAAAGUGGUACUCAGUGAUAUGCUGUGUUGGAUUUCCCCCAAACAUAAUGCCUUGUAUUCAGGAUAUAAUUUCUUUGGCACAUUUUUUGCAGAUUUACUUUAGUACCUUAUUGCAAACAGAAUGCAUGUUUUAGAAUAUUUUUAUUACGUACAGGCUUCCUUCUUUUCACUCUGUCAUUUAGGUUAGUAUUGUGGAGUAACUACAAUGUUGUUGAUCCAUCCUCAGUUGUCUCCAAUCACAGACAUUAAACUCUGAAACUGUUUUAAAGUCACCAUUGGCCUCAUUGUGAUAUCCCUGGGAGUUAGGAAGGACGCCUGUAUCUUUGUAGUGACUGGGUGUAUAGAUACACCAUCCAAAGUGUAAUUAAAUAACUUCACCAUGCUCAAAGGGAUAUUCAAUAUCUGUUUAUUUAUUUAUACCCAUCUACCAAUCAGUGCCGUUCUUUGCAAGGCAUUGGAAGACCUCCCUGCAUAGCCGCGGGAAGUAGGGGUGCUGAGGGUGCUGCAGCACCCCCUGAAAAACCAGAAAAAAAUAUAUAUACACUACUGGUCAAAAGUUUUAGAACACCUACUCUGUGUUUUAAACAAUAGCUAAGAUGGGGAGAAGUCCAUAAUAGUCCAUAAUAACGCGCUGCUCUGCCUUUUUAACGACACUGUCAACAAGGCAGGUCCUACAGGCCCGAGUUUUGUCGCACCUGGACUACUGUUCAUUCGUGUGGUCAGGUGCCACAAAGAGGGACGUCAGAAAAUUACAAUUGGCUCAGAACAGGGCAGCACGGCUGGCCCUUAAAUGUACAAGGAGAGCUAACAUUAAUAAUAAAAAAUGUAAUCUCUCAUGGCUCAAAGUGGAGGAGAGAUUGACUUCAUCACUACUUGUUUUUGUAAGAAGUGUUGACAUGUUGAAUGCACCGAGGUGUCCGUCUAAACUAUGAUGAUGUGUGAAAAUAUCACUUCGUAACUAAUCAGCUGGACACCAAAUGCACAUCCAACAAGUAUUAUGCAUAAUUAUUAAAGAACCACAGUAAUGACGGUAUCAAUUUAGGUUUUAAGUGUCAAGGUAAGGUGACUCUUUCGGUUAGAAGCAUUCCAAUUUGCAAUCAUAUUUAUUAUAACAGGAUUCAAGUUCCAUGUCUAAUUUAACUGAUUAAUACUUAAUAUAUGAUAUAACAACUUACACUGCCAUAAAUGCAAGGACAGAACUAAUGUUUUAUGUCACAAGAUUUUGGACAAAUCCAUCAAGACACCAACCAUGAUAAAGGGUUAAACAUAGGUUUUAAAUCAACUCGUGAAUUUAAUUGAACAUGGGUAUAAUCCCUCAUUUCUCAAUAAAAUGCCAUCAAACCUCACUGGUACCCUAUUUUAUAGAAAGACCCAUUGGCAUGUUUUGGAAUAUUUUUUAUACUGUAUAUUUUUAUUCUUCUUUUCACUCUGUCAUUUAGGUCAUUAUUGUGGAGUUAAUUAUUAAUACAAUGUUGUUGCUCCAUCCUCAGUUUUUUCAGCCACUGAACUCUAUAGCUGUUUUAAAAUCACCAAUGGCCUCAUGAUGCCAUCCCUAAGCAGUUUCCUUCCUGUCCUGCAGCUCAGUUCAGAAGGACCUGCAUCUUUGAUGUGUCUGGGUCAUUUAAUGCAUCAUCCACAGCAUACUUAUUAACUUGACCAUGCUUAAAAUUACAGUGCGUUCAGAAAGUAUUCACACUCCGUGACUUUUUCCAUAUUUUGUUGUGUACAGCCUGAAUUUAGAAUUGAUUAAAUUAAUGUUUUUCAUCAACAAUCUACACACAAUAACCCAUAAUGACAAAGCGAAAACAGGUUUUUUCAAAAUGUUUCCAAAUUUAGGUUGUUGCUAUGACGAGGUACACCUAUGCUGCUUGGGAAAGUAGAACACAGGAUGCUUCCAAAAUGGCACCCUAUUUCAUAUGUAGCGCACUACUACACAAGGAAUAAAUACACAAUGUGUAACGAUAACUUGGCUAUAUAUAUGGGGUACCAGUACCGAGUAAUUGAGGUAGAUAUGUACAGUGCAUUCGGAAAGUAUUCAGACCCUUUUAUUUUUUCCACAUUUUGUUACAUUACAGCCUUAUUCUAAAAUUGAUUACAUUAUUUUAUUCCCUCAUCAAUCUACACACAGUACCCCAUAAUGACAAAGCGAAAACAGGUUUGUUGAAAGUUUUGCAAAUGUAUAGAAAAUAAAAAACAGAAAAACCUUGUUUACAUAAGUAUUCAGACCCUCGACUCAAAAUUGAGCUCAGAUGCUUCCUGUUUCCAUUGAUCAUCCUUGAGCUGUUUCUACAACUUGAUUGGAGUCCACCUGUGGUAAAUUAAUUUGAUUGGACGUGAUUUGAAAAGGCACACAGUGUCUAUAUAAGGUCCCACAGUUGACAGUCCACGUCAGAGCAAAAACCAAGCCAUGAGGUCGAAGGAAUUGUCCAUAGAGCGCCGAGACAGGAUUGUGUUGAGGCACAGAUCUGGGGAAGGGUACCAAAAAAUGUCUGCAGCAUUGAAGGUCCCCAAAACACAGUGGCCCCCAUCAUUCUAAAUGGAAGAAGUUUGGAACCACCAAGACUCUUCCUAGAGCUGGCCACCCGACCAAACUGAGCAAUCGGGGGAGAAGGUCCUUGGUCAGGGAGGUGACCAAGAACCCGAUGGUCACGCUGACAGAGCUCCAGAGUUCCUCUGUGGAGAUGGGAGAACCUUCCAGAAGGACAUACAUCUCUGCAGCACUCCACCAAUCAGGCCUUUAUGGUAGAGUGGCCAGACGAAAGCCACUCCUCAGUAAAAGGCACAUGACAGUCCGCUUGGAGUUUGCCAAAAGGCACCUAAAGGAAUCUCAGACCAUGAGAAACAAGAUUCUCUGGUCUGAUGAAACCAAGAUUGAAUUCUUUGGCCUGAAUGCCAAGCAUCACGUCUGGAGGAAACCUGGCACCAUCCCUACGGUGAAGCAUGACGGUGGCAGCAUCAUGCUGUGGGGAUAUUUUUAAGUGGCAGGGACAGGGAGACUAGUCAGGAUCGACGGAAAGAUGAACGGAGCAAAGUAAAGAGAGAUCCUUGAUGAAAACCUGCUCCAGAGCGCUCAGGACCUCACACUGGGGCAAAGGUUUACCUUCCAACAGGACAAUGACCCUAAUCACACAGCCAAUACAACACAGGAGUGGCUUCGGGACAAGUCUCUGAAUGUCCUUUAGUGGCCCAGCCAGAGCCCGGACUUGAACCCGAUCGAACAUCUCUGGAGAGACCUGCAAAUUGCUGUGCUGCGACACUCCCCAUCCAACCGGACAUAGCUUGAGAGGAUCUGCAGAGAAGAAUGGGAGAAACUCCCCAAAUACAGGUGUGCCAAGCUUGUAGCUUCAUACCCAAGAAGAAGUGAGGCUGUAAUUGCUGACAAAGGAGCUUCAACAAAGUACUGAGUAAAGAUUCUGAAUACUUAUGUUAAUGUGAUAUUUCAUUUUUUAAAUGUUUCAUUUUAAAAAACUGUUUUUGCUUUGUCAUUAUGGGAUAUUGUGUGUAGAUUAAUGAGGGGAAAAAACUAUUUAAUCAAUUUUAGAAUAAGGCUGUAACGCCUCCCGAGUGGUGCAGCAGUCUAAGGCACUGCAUCGCAAUGCUACAGGUGUCACUACAGAUCCGGUUUCAAUCCCGGGCUGUGUUGCAGCCGGCCGUGACCGGGAGACCCAUGAGGUGGUGCACAAUUGGCCCAGCGUCGUCCGGGUUAGGGGAGGGUUUGGCCGGCUGGGAUGUCCUUGUCCCAUCGCGCUCUAGCGGCUCCUGUGGCGGGAUUGGCGCAUGCAUGCUGACACGGUUGCCAUUUGGAUGAUGUUUCCUCCGAUACAUUGGUGCGGCUGGCUUACGGGUUGAGCAAGCAGUGCGGCUUGGCAGGGUCGUGUUUCAGAGGAUGCAUGCCUCUCCCGAGUCCGUACAGGAGUUGCAGCGAUGGGACAAGAUUGCAACUACCAAUUGGAUAUCACGAAAAAGGGGUAGAAAAUAUUUGUUUUUAACGGCUGUAACGUAACAAAAUGUGGAAAAGGUCAAGGGGUCUGAAUACUUUCCAAAUGCACUGCAUUUUUCUGCAGGUGGGGGCUGUAUCAUGUUAUGGGUAUGCUUGUCAUCGGCAAGGACUAGGGAAAUACAUGCAAUAGAGCUAAGCACAGGCAAAAUCCUAGAGGAAAACCUGGCUCAGUCUGCUUUCCAACAGACACUGGGAGACAUAUUCACCUUUUAAUAGGACAAUAACCUAAAACCAAGGCCAAAUAAACUCUGGAGUUGCUUACCAAGACGACAUUGAAUGUUCCUGAGUUGCCUAGUUACAGUUUUGACUUAAAUCGGCUUGUAACUUGAAAAUGUCUGUCUAGCAAUGAUCAACAACCAAUUUGACAGAACUUGAAGAAUUUUUUAAAGAAUAAUGUGCAAAUAUUAUACAAUCCAGUUGUGCAAAGCUCUUAGAGACUUACCCAGAAAGACUCACAGCUGUAAUCGCUGCCAAAGGUGAUUCUAACAUGUAUUGACUCAGAGAUGUGAAUACUUAUGUAAAUUAGAUAUUUCUGUAUUUCAUUUUCAAUACAUUUGCAAAAAUGUCUAAAAACAUGUUUUGAAUCAUGGUAUGAAUACUUUCUGAAGUCAAUGUCUGAUUUGUUAUUGUUACCCAUUUACCGAAAACUGCACUUCUUUAUGAGGCUUUCGAAAAGCUCUCUGGUCCCUGAAUCUGUGCUUGAAAUGUAGUACUUGACUGAUAUUGUAUGAAUGGGGGACAGAGGAAGGGGUAGUCAUUGAAAAAUCGUCAACCCCCAUUAUUACACAGCGUGAGUCCACUCCUAAUUUAGACUUGCCUAAACAAAGGGGGUGAAAACUUAUGCUACGACUAUAUUUUUGCCAUUUAAUUUGUAUUAAUUUGUAAAGAUUUGUAGAAUUUUCUUUUCACUUUGACAUUAUGUAGGAUGUUGUGUAGAUCAAUGUGAAAAAUUACAAAAUCUAUUUCAAUCCCACAUUGUAACUCAUCAAAAUGUGAAAAACUUCAAAGGGGUGUAGACUUUCUAUACACUUUUAGAAAAAAAGUGCUAUCUACAACCUAAAAGGGUUCUUCGGAUGUCCCCAUAGGAGAACCCUUUGAAGAACCCUUUUUGGUUCCAGGUAGAACCUUUUUGAGUUCCAUGUAGAACUCUUUCCAUACAGGGUUCUACAUGGAACCCUCAAGAGUUCUACCUGGAACCAAAAAGGGUUAUCCUAUGGGGACAGCCAAAUAACUCUUUUGGAACCCUUUAUUCUAAGUGUGUAGGCACUGUAGAUAUGUAAAUCAUAAACUGUGUUUGUCAAAGACACAACACAGAAAUGUACCGUUCCACUGACGCAAUUAGGGUAGGAUGGGAGGCAGGGAUGCAUAGGAGUAAUGUUCACUUAACACUUUCCUUAAGGGAUGGUAUUGAUAACACCUUUUAUUGCACCUUUGAGUAUUGCUGCAUCUUUGUUAAUGACGCAUUCAUCAGUGUAAUUUCUAACAUUACAGCUUGGCAACAGCAGUAAAAAUAAAAGUGCCUUUGUACUUUUUGGACAUUAAUUUAUUCUAUCUUUAUUUUACUGCGAGGAAAGGGGUGCUCUUAUUUUAGCAUCUUCUCUCCAGGCAUAUUAUAAUACAUUUACAUUGAUAAGAUUGUUGUCAUGAAGGAAAGGUGUAAUGAGACAUACAUGUAAGGCGUUAUGAGAUGUUGAGAUGCCACUAUCCUACAUACCCCCUUCUAGUAAAGUGUGACAGAACAUUUCUUCCUCAGUUGUCAGACUCACUGGGACAGAAAGAGCACAAAUGGGUCUUGUAUGCCCAGCUACUCCCCUCGCCUCUGUCUCCCCUCCCUCUCUCCGUCCAUCUACCGCCGUCUCUUUCUUCUCCUCCCCUCCCCCCUCUGUCUCUCCCUCACUCUGUUUCCGCGUCUGUCCAUCCUUCCUCCCUCCCCCUCCCCUCCCCUCCCCUCCAUCUCCCCAUCUCCCCCCGUCUCCCCCAUAUCCCAUCCAUUCCCCCAUCUCUCCUGUCUCCAUCCAGGUGGGACACUUUGACCUUGUUCUGCUGCUGGCUGGACCAAUUUCUGAACAGAGCUCAAAUAGACUGAGCAACACCAGGCCAGAUCCUCUUAACUCCCCAUCUGAAAACACCAGAUAGUACCAAGCCUAUGGUCUGGUGGUAGUUAACAACACACCUGGCUCUUAACAGAGACCAGGGUUCGAUCCCUGUGCCUACUGUGUCUCCUCCUCAUUCAUCUUCCGUUCUGAUUUCAUCCUGUCUUAUAAAGCAUGAAAAAACUCUGCAGUAUAUGAGACCAGAUUUCUCUCCAGACCAUCUCGCAGACCAGAUAAGAGAUCCUAAAAUCCUAAAUUGGCAGUGCAAUAUUGGGUAUAACAUUCUGCUGUUCAGGCAAACGGCCAAGCAAACCAGCAGCCCUGUCUGUUCUCCUGUUGCCAUGGUGAUUCUUUGAGAGCGCCGCUGGGUCUCAUGGGAGCAGGUUUGGUGAUGGACAUGUCGACAGUCUGGGACCUGCCGUUCUUUGCAUAUGGCUUCCUUCCCCGAUCAGCACGUGUCAUGAUGUCAUACUCCUCCGGCGCUGUUCGUCAGGAAGUUUUACAUUCAGGUUGCGUCCCAAAUGGUACCCUUUUCCAUAUAAAGUGCACUAUGGGCCUUGGUCGAAAGUAAUGCACUAUAUAGGGAAUAGUGUGCCAUUUGGGGCGCAGAUUCAGAAUAUGAGAACAGUAAGAUGACAGCUGUCUCAUCUGAUUGGGCACAGGUAAACCUGAGAUGAAAGGAUGCCAAGGGGGACAGAGAGACGUGUCAUUAUUUAUUUAUUUGUUUAUCCUUAUUAUUAACAUUCUGUUAUGAGGGAGACCUGGACAGGGACAGAUGGAAAUAGGACAUUUAUACAGAGUGAAUGUCCACGUUCAGUCUGUGGUUCUCUGGCUGUAAUCUGUAUGAGUCUCUCCUUGAUCUCAUCCCUUUAUCUAAUCUCUCUAUCAUUGGUCUGUGCAGCCUGUCUGCCCUAGGCUUGUAAGUGUCAUACGGUUUUACCUGCCUCGAGUGUACCCACGUUUUUGACGCCUACAUCCCUGCUGUUGAUGUUAUUGUGGACGGAAGACGUGAUCUCGAUUGACUAACAGAAUGGCCGAAACUAGUAGUAGUUAAAUGGCUUGAGAGGAAGCGAAGAGAGGAUUUGAGGAUAGGACAGAGGAAAGACUUUGAGAUUCAACCUUUGUAGUUGGAUUCAGGAAGUGCAGAAGACACAAAGGACUGAGACAGGAGUGAAGUCCUGACCAGCCAGAGACACCCCCGUAAUAAGAGAAUAGCACACUAAAGCUCCUCUAGUCAGAUUAUUAUCUACCGUACAUCACUGGACCCUGGAAUAACCUAAUCCGGACUCAAUCCACCCAGCUCAAACACACAAGUACACAUGUGUACAAAUACACAUGCGCACACAUGCACACACUCGCACACACAGUCUUGUAUAACUAACCUUGUGGGGACACACAAGUCAGUCCUAACUCUAACCCCAAAACCUAACCUUAACCCUAAUCUUAUAAACCUAACCCUAGCUCCUAUUUCUUGAACAGACAUCCCCAUUCAAGUCUAAACCGGUAACAAUUUAGUAGUGCUGAGCAAUUAGCGCUUUUUGAGGUCGGUUCAGUUUUCGAUUUCGGUUUAGAUAUUUUUUUUAAACAUUAAAUGCACUAUGCAUUAUGUGGGUUGAAUGCUGUAACAACACAAAAUAAAACAUUAAUAAAAGUCCCAUAAUGGUAGUGACUGCCCAUUACUGCUUUACACUUAUUAACCAUAAUUUAUUCACAUUACUUUAAUUAAAUAUUUCAGUUGUUGUGUAUAUUACAUUUGUUUUAUUUGAUGACUGUUAUUUCAUUCCAAGUCAUCAUCUCAUCUCUAUAGAGUUGCUGCCUAUGCUGUCUGAUAAAAUCACUAUUUUAGUAGUUCUUCAAAGUAAAUAAGGUAUACUUUUAUGACUGCUGAAUACCAACUAUCAAUCACUUAGAUCAUGUAUUUUCAGGUAGAGAUACCUCGCGAAGCAACUGCUCUCUAUCCUUCUCCUUCGCGCAUUCUUCGGUCUCUUCUCUACCUCUCCAUGUCUGCCACACACUAACCUAACGUAGCAGGCGUAAAAGAAACACACAAGUAGGCGCGUAAUGGAUUAUGGCCAUUGUAGUUAAUUACCACAUUUUCUUCUCUAAACUAUGUAGAAUAUUGGCCUGUUGGAAACUAUAACUCCCUACUACAUCACACAGUUCGGGCUUGAUCUGAUUCAUCUCUAGAGCGCAUUGAGCUCGCAGACAAAACCCGAACUAAAUGGAAUUCAAAUAAUUAAACCAAUGUUGGUCAACUACUUGUUAAAAAAAUGAAAAAUAACUGACAUUUCUGUUAAUCGCUCAGCACUACAUUCUAGUAAUUAUAUUGUUAUGCCCUCCAUGUUGUCUUUCUCCCUAUUGUCAUAACACCUCCACUGCAGCUGGACUCCAGAUCCAGAGCAUUCUGUGGUGCAGGGAGGAGAGAGGGAAGUGAGGCUUGAAGGCAGAGGUGGAUAUUUAGGCCAUGGGCUGUGUGUGCUGUGAAAAGAAGGGGGAGAGGAGAAAAGGACAAGUGAGGUUCCCUAGGGGUCUCCUACAGAAGUCCCAGGGGACGCGACUGCACAGUCCUUCCUGUCUCCAAAAGACUUCACACAACUAAACUGACACGGAAUGAGCACACCUCAACACUUGGGCCCAGGUUUAUUCGCGGUGUCCUGACUGACCCUAUGCUUCACUAGGGCAUCAUACAAACGUGAAAAUCGUUAAACCCCAAGCAAACCCACCGUGAAAUUUAAAUACUACUAAUUAUAAUUUGAGUAUUACUAAGAGGCAUAACUUGAAUACAAAUGACUCAUGACUCAUGACUCACACACCAAAAGCACAAGGAAGCCCUAAUCCCCUCAUUUGCACACACAGUUAUGUAACAGGUUGCCUCUGAAGCAUACUGUCUGGACUUACAGUAGGUGUUUGUCCCCGUAGGUGUAUGGCACCCUAUAUAAUGUACUACUUUUGACCAGGGACCAUCACUGCCAACAAGACCAACCAUAUAGGCUACAGUACAUAACAAUACUUAAUUUGCACAUCAAUAGUCAGUGUUGAAAAGCUGAAUUGGUAGAGCAUGGCACUUGUAACGCCAGGGUAGUGGGUUUGAUUCCCGGGACCACCGAUACGUAAAAUGUAUGCACGCAUGAGCCAUGAAUGGCAAAUUAGUCUGGCUGCGCAACCAAUUGGCAAACGCACUGCAAAUUGAGAAAUCAUGUGACUAAACAGAAUAUAAAUGUAAUAUAAAUGUUGCUUCUGUCCUUCUCCUCGCCCCUACCUGGGCUUGAACCAGGAAACCUCUGCACACAUCGACAACAGUCACCCUCGAAGCAUCGUUGCCCAUCGCUCCACAAAAGCCAUGGCCCUUGCAGAGCAAGGGAAACAACUACUUCAAUGUCUCAGAGCGAGUGACGUCACCGAUUGAAAUGCUACUAGCGUGCACCGCUAACUAGCUAGCCAUUUUACACCGGUUACAUAAAGAAGAAGAAACAAUACUAUGAAACAAAGAUAAAUGAUAUAAAGAAUGAUAGUGAAAAGCUGUGGAGCACCUUAAAUUAACUUGAGGUCAAAAAGGCAAACUCAGCUCCAUCAUUCAUUGAAUCAGAUGACUCAUUCAUUACAAAACCCACUGAUAUUGCCAAUUACUUUAAUGAUUUUUUCAUUGGCAAGAUUAGCAAACUUAGGCAUGACUUGCCAGCAACAAACGCUGUCAGUAUAACCAAGUAUAACUGGUAAAAUUAUGAAAGACAAGCAUUGUCAUUUUUAAUUCCGUAAAGUGAGUGUGGAAGAAGGGAAAAAAAUAUUGUUGUAUAUCAACAAUGACAAGCCAUUGGGGUCUGACAACUUGGGUGGAAAAUUUGUCAGGAUAACAGUGGACGAUACAGCCACUCCUAUUUGCCAUAUUGUUAUGAUGAGUUUCUAGGGUAUCAAGUGAUUAAGAAUGUAAGGAUAGAUUUAGAUACUUUUGAUGGGGAGUUCAUAUAAGAUAUUUAAUAUGGUACCAUGGUUAGUUAUAGCAGAAUAAGGACAUAGCCUUGCCUCUGCCAUCUUCCAACUCCAGUACAAAGAGAUCCCUCAGCUUAUAUACACUCUGUUACAAGUUUCUUCACGAACAUCUGUUAAACCUCCAUGGGCUCCCUUUCUUUGAUGUUAUUACCUUUUACCCCUGUCAUUAUAUCCCGUCCAUUAAUUAUUCUAAGAUCAACCUCAGUAAUCUCCUUUGACAUAAGGAAUGCAGACUCUGUGGCACCAAGCCACUUAUCUACCAACUCUCCCCUGGGUCACACAACGCUAUGCAAUGACAUCAUUACACAUAUCUUCAAUCUAAGCCUGCUAGAAAGUGUGUGCCCUCAGCCUGGAGGGAAGCAAAAGUAAUUCCGCUACCCAAGAAUAGUAAAGCCCCCUUUACUGGUUUAAAUAGCCGACCAAUCAGCCUGUUACCAAACCUAAGUAAACUUUCGGAAAAAAUUGUUUGACCAUAUACAAUUAUAUUUUACUGUAAACAAAUUGACAACAGACUUUCAGCACGCUUAUAGGGAAGGACAUUUAACAAGCACGGGACUUACACAAAUGACUGGCUGAGAGAAAUGUAUGAUAAAAAGUAUGCUGCUGGAAAAGCUUAUGUGUUAUGGCUUUACACCCCCUGCUAUAUUGUGGAUAAAGAGUUACCUGUCUAACAGAACACAGAGGGUGUUCUUUAAUGGAAGCCUCUCCAAUCCAGGUAGAAUCAGGAAAUCCCCAGGGCAUCUGUCUAGGCCCCUUACUUUUUUCAAGAUUUACUAAUGACAUGCCACUGGCUUUGAGUAAAGCCAGUGUGUCUAUGUAUGCGGAUGACUCAACACUAUACACGUCAGCUAUUACAACGACUGAAAUCACUGCAAUGCUUCACAAAGACCUGCAGGUAGUUUCAGAAUGGGUGGCAAGGAAUAAUUUAGUCCUAAAUAUUUCAAAAACUAAAAGCAUUGUACUUGGGACAAAUCAUUCACUAAACCCUAAACCUCAACUAAAUCUUGUAAUAAAUAAUGUGGAAAUUAAGCAAGUUGAGGUGACUAAACUGCUUGGAGUAACCCUGGAUUGUAAACUGUCAUGUCCAAAACAUGUUGAUACAACAGUAGUUAAGACGGGGAGAGGUCUGUCCAUAAUAAAGCAUUACUCUGCCUUUUUAACAACACUGUCAACAAGGCAGGUCCUACAGGCCCUAGUUUUGUCGCACCUGGACUACUGUUCAGUCAUGUGGUCAGGUGUCACAAAGAUGGAGCUCAGAAAAUUACAAUUGGCUCAGAACAGGGCAGCACAGCUGGCCCUUAAAUGUACACAGAGAGAUAACAUUAAUAAUAAUCAUGUACAUUUCUCAUGGCUCAAAGUGGAGGAGAGAUUGACUUCAUCACUACUUGUUUUUGUAAGAAGUGUUGACAUGUUGAAUGCACCGAGGUGUCCGUCUAAACUACUAGCACACAGCUCGGACACCCAUGCAUACCCCACAAGACAUGCCACAAGAGGUCUCUUCACAAUCCUCAAGUCCAGAACAGACUAUGGGAGGCGCACAGUACUACAUAGAGCCAUGACUACAUGGAACUCUAUUCCUCAUCAGGUAACCGAUGCAAGCAGUAGAUUUACUGAUAAUAAUACACCUUAUGGAACAGCAGAGACUGUGAAGAGAUACACACACACAGGAACAGACACACGCAUACGCACACUCACGCUAGCACACUCUACACUAUCUUCUGUACACCCCCCUACCGUGUCACAACACAACUGAUUGGCUCAAACGCGUAAAGAAGGAAAGAAAUUCCACAAAUUAACUUUUAAGAAGGCACAGCUGUUAAUUGAAAUGCCUUCCAGGUGACUACCUCAUGAAGCCUGUUGAGAGAAUGCCAAGAGUGUGCAAAGGGUGGCUAUUUGAAGAAUCUCAAAUCUCAAAUAUAUUUAUAUUUGUUUAACACUUUAUUGGUUACUACAUGAUUCCAUAUGUGUUUUUUCAUAGUUGUGAUGUCUUCACUAUUAUUCUACAAUAUAGAAAAUAGUAAAAAUAAUGAGUAGGUGUUCUAAAACUUUUGACUGAUAGUGUACGUACAUUGUAAUAUUGUUGUAUGGUGGUAUUAUACAUUUUGUGUUGUGGAUAUGUAGUGGUGUAAUAAUGUUAUAUGAUGUAAUGUUUUUAACUUUUGUUUUAUAUGUGACAUAAGUGGGGGGGGGGUGUUUGUGUACAGUAAAUAAACCAUCUUUAUAACAUGGCUUAACAAAUACUAUUCACAUCAGUCUAUAUUGUAGAAAUCUUGGUAACACUUUACCUGACACCCAAUGUCAUAACAUGUUAUGACACGGUCAUAACCAUGUCAUAUUAUGUCAUAACAGCUGACCUAACUUGUCAUAACCUGUCAUAAUAUGUUCAUAACACUGCCAUUUAUUUACAUCUGUUGUGACAUAUAUUGCGUUAUUUUAUGGCUGGUUAUGACACCUACAUAAGUGUGUCAAAACCCACAUUCCUUUUUUCGCUACGAAGAAGCUUCCUUUAAUUUGAAAGUUUGUUUCUUAUGUCCUUUAUUGUUGUUGUAAUUAAUUAUAACUUGUAGAAAAUACACUUUAUCACUGUCAUGAAGCAUUAUGACCAUCCUGUGUCCCUUUACUUGGACUAAGAAAAUACACUUUAUGACACUGUCAAGAUGCAUUAUGACCAUCAUAAUCAUAUCAGCUAGAUAGGCUUAUCAUGUACAUGCCCUUAUAUCAGUCAUCAGUCACAAAGAGGGUGUCUUGUCCUGCUCCUGAAAUCUGCUCCUGCAUUCAUCCCAGUCAUCAGUAACAGAGCAUUACGGUAGGUGCAUGUCUGGCAUCAAUGUGUGCGCAAUUACAAUUACAAUUUAAUGGUCAAAAAUUUUACCCCAAAUUUUGAUUUAAACCCCCAAACUUUUUUCCCCCCUUCCCCCAAAAUUUUUUAAAAAAAGAAAAAAAAAACCCCCGGGCCAAAAUUACCUUUUUGGGGGGGGUUUGGGAAAAAACAAACCACGAAAUUUUCCAAAAACAAAAAAAAAACUGAAAAAACUUAAAGCGGGGGCAAAACUAUUCACCCCCCCAAAGUCAAUACUUGUGAGAGCCACCUUUGUGCAGCAAUUACAGCUGCAAGUCUCUUGGUGUAUGUCUCUAUAAGCUUGGCACGUCUAGCCACUGGGAUUUUUUCCCAUUCUUCAAGGCAGAACUGCUCCAGCUCCUUCAAGUUGGAUGGGUUCCGAUGGUGUACAGCAAUCUUUAAGUCAUACCACAGAUUCUCAAUUGGAUUGAGGUCUGGGCUUUGACUAGGCCAUUCCAAGACAUUUAAACGUUUCCCCUUAAACCACUUGAGUGUUGCUUUAGCAAUAUGCUUAGGGUCAUUGUCCUGCUGGAAGGUGAACCUCAUAUCUCUGGAAGACUGAAACAGGUUUCCCUCAAGAAUGUCCCUGUGUUUAGCACAUUCAUCAUUCUUUCAAUUCUCACCAGUUUCCCAGUCCCUGCCGAUGAAAAACAUCCCCACAGCAUGAUGCUGCCACCACCAUGCUUCACUGUGGGGAUGGUGUUCUCGGGGUGAUGAGAGGUGUUGGGUUUGCGCCAGACAUAGCAUUUUCCUUGAUGGCCAAAAAGCUCACUUUUAGUCUCAUCUGACCAGAGUACCUUCUUCCAUAUGUUUGGGGAGUCUCCCACAUGCCUUUUGGCGAACACCAAAUGUGUUUGCUUAUUCUUUUCUUUAACAAUGGCUUUUUUCUGGCCACUCUUCCGUAAAGCCCAGCUCUGUGGAGUGUACGGCUUAAAGUGGUCCUAUGGACAGAUACUCCAAUCUCCGCUAUUGGAGCUUUGCAGCUCCUUUAGGGUUAUCUUUGUUGCCUCUCUGAUUAAUGCCCUCCUUGCCUGGUCCGUGAGUUUUGGUGGGCGGCCCUCUCUUGGCAGGAUUGUUGUGGUGCUAUAUUCUUUCAAUUUUUUUAAUAAUGGAUUGAAUGGUGCUCCGUGGGAUGUUCAAAGUUUCAGAUAUGUUUUUAUAACCCAACCCUGAUCUGUACUUCUCCACAACUUUGUCCCUGACCUGUUUGGAGAGCUCCUUGGUCUUCAUGGUGCCACUUACUUGGUGGUGCCCCUUGCUUAGUGGUGUUGCAGACUCUGGGGCCUUUCAGAACAGAUCAUGUGACAGAUCAUGUGACACUUAGAUUGCACAAAGGUGGACUUUAUUUAACUAAUUAUGUGACUUCUGAAGGUAAUUGGUUGCACCAGAUCUUAUUCAGGGGCUUCAUAGCAAAGAGGGUGAAUACAUAUGCAAGCACCACUUUUCCGUUCUUUAUUUUUUAGAAGUAAUUUUUUUCAUUCAACUUCACCAAUUUGGACUAUUUUGUGUAUGUCCAUUACAUGAAAUCCAAAUAAAAAUCCAUUUAAAUUAUAGGUUGUAAUGCAACAAAAUAGGAAAAACACCAAGGGGGAUGAAUACUUUUGCAAGGCACUGUACAGGGGGUAUCGGUACCGAGUCAAUUUACGGGGGUACAGGUUAGUCGAGGUAAUUGAGGUAAUAUAUACAAAAGUGGUAAAGUGACUAUGCAUAGAUAAUAGAUAAUAAAACGUGAGUAGUAUCAGUGUAAAAAAAAAGGGGAUGGGGGGGUCAUUGCAAAUAGUCCAGGUAGACAUUUGAUGAGCUGUUCAGGAGUCUUAUGGCUUGGGGGUAGAAGCUGUUAAGAAGCCUUUUGGACCUAGACUUGGUGCUCGGUACCGCUUGCCGUGCGGUAGCAGAGAGAACAGUCUAUGAGUGUUUGGAGUGUUUGGCAAUUUUUAGGGCCUUCCUCUGACACCGCCUGGUAGAGAGGUCCUGGAUGGCAGGAAGCUUGGCCCCAGUGAUGUACUGGGCCGUACGCACUACCCACUGUAGCGCCUUGCGGUCGGAGGCCGAGCAGUUGCCAUACCAGGUGGUGAUGCAACCAGUCAUGAUGCUCUCGAUGGUGCAGCUGUAUAUCUUUUUGAGGAUCUGUGGACCCAUGCCAAAUCUUUUCAGUCUCCUGAGGGGGAAUAGGCGUUGUCGUGCCCUCUUCACGACUGUCUUGGUGUGUUUGGACCAUGAUAGUUUGUAGGUGUUGCUGACACCAAGGAACUUGAAGCUCUCAACCUGCUCCGCUAAAGCCCCGUCAAUGAGAAUGGGGGGCGUGCUCGGCCCUCCUUUUCCUGUAGUGCACAAUCAUCUCCUUUGUCUUGAUCACGUUGAGGGAGAGGUUGUUGUCCUGGCACCACACGCCAGGUCUCUGACCUCCUCCCUAUAGGCUGUCUCAUCAUUGUUGGUAAUCAGGCCUACUACCACUGUUUUGUCAUCGGCAAACUUAAUGAUGGUGUUGGAGUCGUGCUUUGCCACGCAGUCAUGGGUGAACAGGGAGUACAGGAGCGGACUAAGCACACAUCCCUGAGGGGCCCCUUUGUUGAGGAUUAGCAUGGCAGAUGUGUUGUUGCCUACCCUUACCUACCCUUACCACCUGGGGGGCGGCCCGUCAGGAAGUCCAGGAUCCAGUUGCAGAGGGAGGUGUUUAGUCCCAGGGUCCUUAGCUUAGUGAUGAGCUUUAAGGGCACUAUGGUGUUGAACGCUGAGCUGUAGUCAAUGAACAGCAUUCUCAUGUAGGUGUUCCUUUUGUCCAGGUGGGAAAGAGCAGUGUUGAGUGCAAUAGAGAUUGCGUCAUCUGUGGAUCUGUUGGGGCGGUAUGCAAAUUGGAGUGGGUCUAGGGUUUCUGGGAUGAUGGUGUUGAUGUGAGCCAUGACCAGCCUUUCAAAGCACUUCAUGACUACAGACGUGAGUGCUACGGGUCGGUAGUCAUUUAGGCAGGUUCCCUUGGUGUACUUGGGCACAGGGACUGUGGUGGUCUGCUUGAAACAUGCAGGUAUUACAGACUCGGCCAGGGACAGGUUGAAAAUGUCAGUAAAGACACUUGCCAGUUGGUCAGCGCAUGCUUGGAGUACACGUCCUGGUAAUCCGUCUGGCCCUGCGGCCUUGUGAAUGUUGACCUGUUUAAAGGUCUUGCUCACAUCUGCUACGGCGAGCGUGAUCACACAGUCAUCCGGAACAGCUGGUGCUCUCAUGCAUGCUUCAGUGUUGCUUGCCCUGAAGCGCGCAUAGAAGUCAUUUAGCUCCUCUGGUAGGCUUGUGUCACUGGGCAGCUCGCAGCUGGGCUUCCCUUUGUAGUCUAUAAUAGUAAACAAUCCUUGCCACAUCCGACAAGUGUCGGAGCCGGUGUAGUAGGAUUAAAUUUUAGUCAUGUAUUUACGCUUUGACUGUUUGAUGGUUCGUCUGAAGGCAUAGCGGGAUUUCUUAUAAGCGUCUGGGUUAGAGUCCCGCUCCUUGAAAGCGGAAGCUCUACACAUUACCUCAGUGCGGAUGUUGCCUGUAAUCCAUGGCUUCUGGUUGGGGUAUGUACGUCCAGUCAUCGUGGGGACAACGUCAUCGAUGCACUUAUUGAUGAAACCGGUGACUGGUGUCGUAUACUCCUCAAUGCUAUCGGAUGAUUCCCGGAACAAUCCUGUAGCUUAGCAUCUGCGUCAUCAGACCACUUCCGUAUUAAGCGAGUCACUGGUACUUCCUGCUUUAGUUUUUGCUUGUAAGCAGGAAUCAGGAGGACAGAAUUAUGGUCAGAUUUGCCAAAUGGAGAGCGAGGGAGAGCUUUGUAUGCGUCUCUGUGUGUGGAGUAAAGGUGUUCUAUAGUUUUUUUAACAUGCUGUAACAUGCUGGUAGAAAUGAGGUAAAACUGAUUUAAGUUUCCCUGCAUUAAAGUCCCCGGCCACUAAAAAUAUAGAUGAACAGUCUCUUGGUAAAUAGUGUGGUCUACAGCUUAUCAUCAGGCGAGCAAAACCUCGAGACUUCCUUAAUAUUUGAUUUUGCGCACCAGCUGUUAUUGACAAAUAUACACAGACCGCCACCCCUUGUAUUAACGGAGGCAACUGUUCUGUCUUGCCGAUGCACGGAAAAACCAGCCAACUGUAUAUUAUCCAUGUCGUCAUUCAGCCACGACUCGGUGAAACAUCAGAUAUUACAGUUUUUAAGUCCCGUUGGUAGGAUAGUCUUGAACAGAGCUUUAUUGAUAUGAUUGCACAUUGGCCAAUAUGAUGGUUGGUAGAGGCGGGUUACCCACUCGCUGACGAAUUCUAUCAAGGCACGACCUGCAUCGGCGUCUUCUCUUCAUGCGAAUGACGGGGAUUUGGGCCUGGUCGGGUAUCUCGGUUAAAUCCUUCGCAUCCGACUCGUUAAAGUAUCUUUGUCCAGUUCGAGGUGAGUAUUCGCUGUUCUGAUAUCCAGAAGCUCUUUUCGGUCAUAAGAGACGGUGGCAGAAACAUUAUGUACAAAAUAAGUUAAAAACAACGUGAAAAAACACACAAUAAAGCACAAUUGGUUAGAAGCCCGUAAAACGGCAGCCAUCUCCUCCGGCGCCAUUCCAUUCAUGCAUACUGGCAUCAUAACGCAUUGUACCUGUUGACUGUAGCCCUUUCCCGCAGCCAAAUUUCUAGUGGCCUCAUGGGUCGAAUGUUAUUAAUAUUUUUCAUAAUUUCAUAAUUAAUCAACUUUUUUUUCAAUGUUUUUUUUGUUUCUAUGUUAAACAGUUUUGUUAUAUUUCAGUCUUCUGUGAUGUAUAUAAAGUGUAAUAUUAGGAUGCAAACUCAAAAUAAAUUGAAUACAUUUCAACUCUAUAUCUGACAUGGUACAGGUGUCUUCUUUUUUUUAAGCCCAUAACCAUGUGUGUGAGGUGUAUACUUUUGUUUCAAAGUACAUUUGUUUAAGACUACCAAGAAACACUCUGUGUGACCCUGAUUUAGCCCACUGCAGUAAAAUGGAGUAAAAUUAUACUGAAAUGUCUAACAGCAGGCAAGUACAGAACAAGAGGAGAGCAGUAACCACGGUGACAGCAUCAGAGGGUUUUUCUUUGGUUAUCGGAGAGAAAGCGGAGUCAUUUCUUGGCAGACGUUUGAUCAGUAUCCGUUUCUCCCUCUCGCUCCCUUCCACAGUCCCAAGGGUCCCCCCUGUUUCCUGGCUCCUUCUCUUCCCUUUCUUCCUCCUUGUGGCCUCCCUGUCUUCCCUGACCUCUAUCCUUUUUUAAUCCUUUCUUCUCACCUCUUCACUCUCUCUCUCUCUGGUUUCUCUGUGUUCCAUUACAGUACUUCCCUCUCACCAUCACUCGCCCUCUCCAUCUUAUCUUCCUCAGUCUGUCUCGCUGUUGGUUGGUUUCUCUGUACAUGGGCUACGUUCCAAAUGGCAUCCUAUUUUCUAUAGAGGGCUCUGGUCAAAAGUAGUGCACUAUAUAGGGUGCCAUUUGGACACAACCAUGCUCACAGGAGGGGGGCAACUCUUCCUGACUGUUCUGCCACCUGGAGGGAACCAGAAAUACUUCAUUUAGUGUGGCAAGACACCAAGACGGGCCAGGCCAGUUAUUCCUGUAAAACAAAAUCGAUUUACAGCCAUAUUCUGGGAGAGGAGGAGAUAGUGAAGAGGGCAGGAAGGAAAGACUGUCCCCGGAUGGUUUUAAGUUACCUGCGUAGUACUGAGACAACAACAAUCCACCAACAUUAGGAAAUGACGAACCACCUCACCCCUGUGAUCAUACCAGCCCCCAAAGUUACCACAUCUUAGGUGUAGCUACAGUAUGCCGCACAUCCAAUCUCAGCAGACCUCAGUCUCGGAGCGGUGACCUGUUUCCAUGGUGACGCCUUUAACCACUCUCUUACAUUGAGCCGUCCCACAAUACCUCAGCAAAUCAGGUUCCCUUUCAGUGACUCCUGUUUACUGGUUGGUCACCACACUGAGCCAAACGCAACAUGUGGCGAUACUAGAGAGAGAGAGACUUGAGAGAGAUAGAGAGAAAGAGAAUAGGAGAUGCUACAACAGAGAGAGAGAGAGAGCGAGAGAGAGAGAGAGAGCGAGAGAGAGAGAGAGAGAGAGAGAGAGAGAGAGAGACUAUGGGAGAGAAAGAGAGUGAGAGAAAGAGAGAGAGACUACGAGAGAGAGAGAGAGAGAGAGAGAGAGAGAGAGAGAGAGAGACUACGAGAGAGGUGCCUGUAGUUAGGAGGUUAGUCAAUAACGAUGUGGUCCAUAUGCCAUAACCUACUUUUUGUGUCACUAAACAUUUCACUGCAUUAUGGUAUCAGUUCUGUCUCCGUCUUCAGCACCUGAUGAACGCCUAAGGGUCAAAACAGUGUUUCACUGAAAUUAGCUCCUUAGUUGCGUUGACAUGAACUGUGCUGGAGUUGCAUUGAAAUAAAAUGGUCUGUACAGUACUUGUGUUGAAAAGAAAUGCACUCAGAACGCAAUGCGCUCUCAGAGUCUGAGCUGUGGAAAAGGGGGCUCAACGUGACUGGCAGCUAUUAUUAGAGAGCGCAUUGCCACUAGACUACAGCACAGUCAGAGCCAGAUGACGGGUGGUGGUGGUGGUGGGAGGUUACUCCUAAAUCAGGUCCUUAAUGGUAUUAGAUACCAAUUGAUUCUUAAAGAAGGUCACUUAUAAAUGCCUUAUUAGCUUACUAUAGUUACAGUACAAAGGGUCUUACUUUGCCUAUAAUAACCCCAAAUCUAAGGUUGUAUUGUUCAAUUCAGAAGAUGAGUUUCAAUUCAAUUUCAGGACUAUAAAAAUAUACAGUACAUAGUGAAAACGGAAUAAAAAUCUAGGUGAUGAAUUGAUCGAGUUCAAAUGGAAUUGAACCCCCAACCCUGAAGCAAGUGAAUCUGUUGUUUAGAUCUAGGAUGCUUCCCAAAUGGCACCCUAUUCCUUAUAUAGUGCAAUACUUUUGACUAGUGCCCUAUUGGGCCUGGUCAAAAGUAGUACACUAUAAAGGGAAUAGGGUGCCAUUUGGGACACAGACAUAGUCUACUGAGUACUUUAAAAACGACUAUUAUAAGCCUCAAGACCAGGAUCCCAGCUGAAUGGGCUGCUUACAAUUUUCACAAGAAAGAGUGUGAACUUGGUUUAAUUAGCAACAUCUGCUGCUACUAAGGCGCACCGAGCCCAAAGUGACGGAGUACUACACACCACACCAUUGUAGUGAUAAAACACUGCUUAAAAUAAAGCAGAAAGCCGCUGAGUUGAUUAGUCUUUGAGGGGUGUUGUUUAACAUGGCCUGCGUGUAAUAGCUUGGUUUUUAUUGAAGUGUUGCAUAUAGAAUACACAUCAAUGUUUCAGAUAUAAAAAUAAAUACAUUAAAUAUCAUACAAACAGUAGAUAAUAUCAGGAUCCUGUGUGUAGUAGACUAACCUCUGGCUUCUCUUCUCUCCUCAGGUCAGGAAGUGUGUGUCUAGGACCCAUUUGGCCCACUUGGACAGAGAUCUGUUUUGGCAGCAAGGGGGAGCUGCCUGUGCCCAUUUCCUGUGAUCUCCAGUGCUGUCUCCCGUGUCUAUUGAGUUGGAGCAGCGACUCUCUGGUGCCCCACUGGCUGAGCCUGGAUCGGUCAUGAGUGUGGUCGGGGCGCACCGCUACAGCAUCGUGUCCUCGGAGGAAGAAGGCCUGCGUCUCGGUGCCAUGCCUGCCGUCACAAUGGGCAACGGCUUCGGCAACGGCAAGAUCCACACGAUGCGCCGCAAGUGCCGCAGCCGCUUCGUGAAUAAGAACGGCCAGUGCAAUGUACGCUUCUCGCACAUGGACGAGAAGUCGCAGCGCUACAUGUCGGACAUCUUCACCACAUGCGUGGACAUCCGCUGGCGCUGGAUGUUCCUGAUGUUCACACUGGUGUUCGUGGUGUCCUGGCUGGCAUUCGGCCUGGCCUUCUGGGUCAUUGCUUUGCUUCACGGGGAUAUGGACAACCCGAGUGGUGGAGAUGAUAACUUCACCCCCUGCGUCCUGCAGGUCAACAGCUUCGUGGCCGCCUUCCUGUUCUCCGUGGAGACCCAGACCACCAUUGGUUAUGGCUUCCGCUGCGUGACGGAGGAGUGCCCCUCGGCCGUCUUCAUGGUGGUCUUCCAGUCCAUCUUGGGUUGCAUCAUCGACUCCUUCAUGAUUGGCGCCAUUUUAGCCAAGAUGGCACGGCCUAAGAAGCGUGCAGAGACACUGCUGUUCAGCAACAAUGCAGUGAUCGCCAUGCGGGACGGGAAGCUGUGCCUUAUGUGGAGGGUGGGAAACCUGAGGAAGAGCCACAUGGUGGAGGCCCACGUCCGUGCCCAGCUCAUCAAGCCCCGCAUCACCGAGGAGGGUGAGUACAUCCCCCUGGACCAGAUCGACAUCAACGUAGGGUAUGACACGGGCAUCGACCGCAUCUUCCUGGUCUCCCCGCUCACCAUUGUGCACGAGAUCGAUGAGGAGAGCCCUCUGUUCAGCAUCAGCAAGCAGGACCUGGAGUUGUCCGACUUUGAGAUAGUGGUGAUACUUGAAGGGAUGGUGGAAGCCACAGCCAUGACAGCGCAAGCUCGCAGCUCUUACCUGUCCUCAGAGAUCCUGUGGGGUCACCGCUUCGAGCCUGUCGUCUUCGAGGAGAAGAGCCAGUACAAAGUGGAUUACGCUCACUUCCACAAAACCUUCGAAGUGCCGUCCACCCCCCAGUGCAGUGCCAAGGACAUGACGGAGAUGGAGGACGAGGACAAGGAGCCUACGCCCACCGCCAACUCUUUCUGCUAUGAGAAUGAGCUGGCUUUCAUCAGCCGGGACGAGGAAGAGGAUGAGGAGGGGGAGGAGGAUGAGGAUGGGGACAGGUUGCCAGAGCUGGAGAGACUGCAGGCCACCGUCAGCCUAGACCAGAGGUCAUUUCGUAGAGAAUCAGAGAUAUGA